AUGGACGCAUUGAAGACAAAGAUUAAUCAAAUGGUUUUGAACUUGAGAGAGUCUAUUCAAAGAAAUACGGCAGCCAGAGAAGCGGCCGAAUUGGCCAACAGUGCCAAGUCGGAAUUCUUAGCCAAUAUGUCCCACGAAAUUCGAACACCAUUGAACGGUAUAAUCGGAAUGACCCAGCUUUCUCUCGAUACCGAGUUAACGCAAUAUCAAAGAGAAAUGCUCUCGAUUGUUCACAAUUUGGCCAACUCUUUAUUGACCAUUAUUGAUGACAUUUUGGAUAUCUCCAAGAUUGAAGCGAACAGGAUGACGGUCGAACAAAUUGACUUUUCUUUAAGAGGAACUGUGUUCGGUGCCUUAAAGACUUUAGCCGUGAAAGCCAUUGAGAAAUCUUUGGAUUUAACCUACCAAUGCGAUUCUUCAUUUCCAGAUAACUUGAUAGGUGAUUCUUUCAGAUUGAGGCAGGUCAUUCUUAAUUUGGCUGGAAACGCUAUAAAGUUUACCAAACAAGGUAAAGUCAGUGUGAGUGUGAAGAAGUCUUCAAAGGUUGUGGAAGAUUCGGAUAAAUUGCUCCUCGAAGUGUGCGUUAGUGAUACUGGUAUUGGUAUUGAGAAGGAUAAACUAGGACUCAUCUUCGACACAUUCUGCCAGGCAGAUGGCUCAACAACAAGAAAGUUUGGUGGAACUGGUUUGGGUUUGUCUAUUUCUAAACAAUUGAUUUUGUUGAUGGGUGGUGAAAUUUGGGUCACUUCUGAUUACGGUUCUGGUUCGAACUUUUACUUCACUGUGAGUGUUUCACCUUCCAAUAUUAGAUAUACGCGGCAAACGGAGCAGCUUCUCCCAUUCAGUUCUCACUACAUACUAUUUGUUUCCACGGAACAUAGCGAGGAAGAAUUGGCCGAAAUUAAGAAUGGUAUCAUCGAAUUGGGAUUAAUCCCUGUUAUUGUUGGUAACACAAGUGAAGCCAACUUAACUGAUCCGGUCAAGUACGACAUUAUUAUGAUCGACUCCAUCGCAACGGCCAAGGAGUUGAGGCUACUUCCAGAAGUGAAAUACAUCCCCCUCGUUCUUUUACAUCACUCCAUUCCUGAAUUGAAUAUGAGAGUAUGCAUUGAUCUAGGGAUCUCAUCUUAUGGUAACACGCCUUGCACCAUUACCGAUUUGGCCAGUGCCAUAAUUCCUGCUCUUGAGCUGAGGUCAAUUUCCCAAAAUACCGAUGAAUCUGUGUCUUACAAGAUUCUUUUGGCGGAAGACAACUUAGUUAACCAAAAGUUAGCAGUUAGAAUCCUCGAAAAACAAGGACAUAGGGUGGAAGUCGUUGAGAAUGGAUUAGAAGCAUUCGAAGCCAUUCAAAAGAGCAAAUACGAUGUUGUUCUUAUGGAUGUACAAAUGCCUGUCAUGGGAGGUUUUGAAGCUACCGAGAAGAUAAGGCAAUGGGAAAAGAGAUCGAAUCCAAUUGAUUCUCUCAGCUUCAGGACACCGAUCAUUGCAUUAACAGCACACGCCAUGUUGGGAGAUAGAGAGAAAUCUUUGGCUAAGGGUAUGGACGAUUAUGUAUCGAAGCCCUUAAAGCCAAAGUUGUUGAUGCAGACCAUCAGCAAGUGCAUCCACAACAUCAAGCAAUUGAAGGAAUUGUCCAAACAGAAUAACAGCAAUCGCACAUCUGAUUUCGCCAAAAAUUUGAAGAAGGGUUCUAUCAAAAACAACGACCAUUCGGCGUCGAACUUCUUGUCAAUAAGUUCAAGCCCCAAUAGUAGGGUAGUAUCACCAAACAAUUAUGGUCAAAGCAGCGCACCCUCAUCCGGUGUCGAAUCGCCAAGGGUGAAUAGCCCCAAGAUGAGGAAGACAAAUUCGAACGAUGUUAUAACUCACGGUCGACCAGGGCAAUUGUCAAAUGAUAAUAGGUCGGUAACAGAAAGUAUCUUAUCUUACGGAUCAAGGGCUGGAACUGCAGAACCGAUGGAGAUUGAUGAUGAAUCUCGUUUUGAACAUCUAGAUUAG